AUGUCCGAUUCAGAUGGUAAUAUAAGCGAGGACCUCGAGUUCGACUAUGACGAUGAUGAAGAGGUUUCAUUCUCGGAAUUCACUGCGGAUGAGAAUGAAAUAGACUUGGUAAACAAAUUUGAGGAAGAAGUUUAUAUAAAGAAAGAUCUUAAGAAAGAAGCUCCUAGCGCAAAUCGUCUUCAAGCUCGAGCAAAGUAUAAGGCAUGGAGCUUAGAAGAGUAUAUCAAUCAUUUUUUUAUUUCCAAGUGCAAAAAGUUGCAACUGAUGAAAUUGCCUAAUUGUGAUUUUGAUGAUAUUUUGAUCAUGCUCCAUGCUAAGAAUUGGGGAGAGGAAUCUGUAAUAAAUGGCUGCUACGAUAACCCCACCAAGUUCUUUGAGGAUUGUGGAUUGCCACUACGCAAAAGGAACAAUACGUUUGAGGUCGUUAAGAACUUUUUAUGUCCAAUUUGCUGUAGUGAUGAUGAUAUACAAACUGAAACGUACUCACUAACAUGUAACCAUAAAUUUUGCGUUGCCUGUUACACAAGAUACGUCGUGGGGUUGGUACACGAAGGUAAGUUAAUAACUUGUCCUGAAUGCAAGUUGUCUAUACCCCACGGUGAUGUGCAGAAAUUUGUGAACGUAUAUAAUGAACAGCAACAAAGCGGGUCUUCUGUCUUGAAUUCUCCUUUCAAGUUUGUAGUUGAUGAUGCUCUGAAGGCAUUUGUGAAAGGGUCCCCGAUUAAAACAACAAUUGACCUUUCAAGCUUUGAGCUACUAAAAUACGCAGCAAAGAGAAAUAUUGAUCUGAAUCCGGGAAACUUCAAAUAUUGUCCAGCUCCUGACUGUAUGCAUUUAGUGGAAUUACUAUCACCUGCAAAGGACGGUAGAACUGAAUCAGAGAAUGGUAAAACCAUGGAUGAAGAAAAUAUAUAUAAAGUUCCCAUAGUGACGUGCCCAAAGUCUCAUGAAUUUUGUUACUCCUGUCAAUUUGAAAAUCAUUUACCAUUACCAUGUUGGCUUGUGAAAGCAUGGAUCAAAAAAUGCAACGACGACUCAGAAACUGCAAAUUGGAUAGACGCUCAUACUCAAUCAUGCCCUAAAUGUGAUUCACAAAUUGAAAAGAAUGGGGGGUGCAACCACAUGACAUGCUCCACCUGUGCAUAUCACUUUUGCUGGAUUUGUUUGGAAGAAUGGGCAAAGCAUGGCCAUCAAUACUAUGCAUGCAAUAGGUUUGAUCCUGAUACCGUUAAUGCGGCACAAAAAUAUAAAAAGCUGAAGCGUCUUACAUUAAAAAGGUAUAUAUUCUUUUAUCUGAGAUUUUCGGUGCAUGAGACCUCGAUGGAAGGAGAUCUGAAGACGUUGAAGAAAGUUAACGAGAAGAUGACGAAGUAUAUGAAUGAGGAGCUGAAGAGGAGAAAUAAUGCAGAAGUGUCUUCCACCAACUCACUCUCCUGGAUCGAUGUUCAGUUUUUACACGAUGCCAUAAGGCAAUUGACGAAUGGAAGAAAAACUUUGAAGUGGACAUACGUAUUUGCAUUUUACCUUUCCAAGUCUAAUUUCUCUGAGAUCUUUGAACAGAUGCAAGAUUAUUUGAAUAAGACGGUUGAGGAUUUGUCAAAGAUCUUUGAAGAAAUAUAUGCCAAGAAGAAGGAUAGCAGCAAUCUAAUUAUGCAAAACAAGCUAGACAUUAUCAAUUUAAGCAACCUUGUUGCGCAACGUCAAGAGAAGAUGAUUGAAUUUGCAUUUACUGGACUAGAACAGAAGUUAUUGAGAUUAGAGGAGGAGAAACCUGAGUCAAGUCUCGAACCAGUACAGACACAAACACAGGGACAGACCAAGAGAAAGCAGAGGUAG